AUGGACCAGCUCAACGUGAAGAACCUCCGCUGCAUGGAGGCGCUGGUUAGGCGGGUCAUUCAAAUCGAGAUGGCAGUACAGCGUAACCCACGGCAUCCAGACUUCUCUGGUCUUGAGGAUGCCGUUGGCGGGCCCGCAGGUGCGACGGGCUCUGCCGCCGUCCCGAGGUACGCGGAGUUCGCGGUGGCCCGCCAGAAGGACCGCGCCAACAUUUUGAAGCAGAUGAGGGCUCUGCCGCGCCUGAUGACGGCGGGCGCCCUCGACGUGGAGCUAGAGGAGCGGAUCGACUUCUAUGGGAACCCCUCGAGCGAAGCGGUGGACGGCGAGAGGCCCCCCCGGGAGAUCCUCAGAUCCACUGACCAGUAUGAACUGGAGCCGCAGCAUUUGGCGAGCUACGACGUCACACGCCUCAGGGUGUGCAAGGGGGACAUCAACCCGGUUCCCGUGACGGAUUUGCUACCUGCCGAGGCUGCAGGCUUUUUGAAACACUUCCAGAGCCAGAUCGAGCUCUCAGAACCCGAGAUCGCCGAGCGUGUCCGAGAGGCUGGGGGGAUGCCCGAGCCGUACUGGGAUCCUCGGCUUCGCGGUGAUGCUGAGCUUCGGCGUGACUUUUUUCGUCGACUUGCUAAGAUCGGCGUCGUGGGCUUCAGGCGGGCCAUCAAGUCCCGCUGCGGCGCGUUCUUCGUGCACGAGAAGGACGGCAACCUCAGGUUCAUUUGCGACGCGAGGGCGACGAACAUGUGCCAUCGUCUCCCUCCUCGGACGGUCUUGGGAGGUGCAGCUUGUCUCUCGGAGAUCGACCUCAGCGGCCGCGCUACGGCUCUGGGGGGCUUCGGCGGCGUCUGUGAGCCACGCUUCUCGGGCGCCGACGUCAAGGAUUGUUUUUACCAGCUCGCCGACGAAGAGAUGGGCAGCUGGUUCGGGUUCGACUCCGCACUGACCAUCGAAGACUGGGACAUGGGCAUCACGCGCGUGCGGGACGACGGCGUGGGGGGCUGGGCCCCCGCCCGGGCGGGCGAGCUCCUGUUCCCCUGCCUCCGUGUUUUACCGAUGGGCUGGGCCUGGGCGCUGUACUUUGCCCAGGAGGCCGUCGCGCAACAGGUUCGGCGCUCUGCUGCAGAUGGAGAUCGGCAGCUCCUUCGAGACAAGCGACCUGCACCCCCCCUGCGCCCUGGGAGGCCGUUGGCCGCCGUGUACGUGGACAACUUCACGGGCGCGGGGGGCUCGGCCGCCGACGCCGAGUUCGGGGCGCGGGCCUUCGAGGAGCGGGCUGCCGAGGCGAGGCUGGCUCUGCGCGCCGCGGACGCGGCGGUGGAGGAGCUGGAAAGCUUGGGCCUGGUGCUGCGCGGGGCCGACCGCCGCGUGCGCCAGAGGCCCAAGCGGGUAUGGCGCUUCUACUUCGCCACGAAGGCCUUGCUGAAGCGGGGCCACGCGACGGGGGCCGAGCUCCGCGUCUGGGCGGGGCAUGCCGUGGCCCUCUUGGGGCUGCAGCCCUGCUUGCUGUCCAUCUUGCAGGACGUCAACCACUUCAUCGGCGACGGCAGCCGGCGGCGGGCGGCGUUUCCUGCGGCGGUCCGCGGGGAGCUCCGCAUGGCCGCCAUCGCCUGCUUUUUGACCGAGGUCGACCUGAGCGCGCCUCUCGCCGACGAGGUCCACGUUUCGGAUUCGUCGUCCUCCGGCUUCUGCCUGAUGUACGGGCGGAAGCCGCUUCGUGCUGUCUGGGAUGCGCAUCGCUGGCGGGAGCGCUGGCGGUUCGUGGAGGUGGAGGCCGACGGGAACUCGGACACCUACACGGCGGCGUACCUCAACCAGCUCCGAGGUGUCACCGACGGCUUCGGGGCCACGCUGGACGAGGGAGCCCACAAGCACGCAGACGCCCGUGUCCGAGGCGGUCAGCCGGCAGGGGCCUGGCGCGAGACCGAGCUGGGAAAGCUCCUGUUUCGCCGUGCUGCUGUCGGCCGCGGUGCGCCGCGGCGUUGGGCUAGUCGCCCCGGUCCGACCCAGGAGGUGGAGCUGCUGAACGUCGCGCCCGCCUUGCCGACCGCCCUCACCAGCGACCUCGGGUGGACUACUGCCGUCGAGGGUCGCUGGAAGUAUGACGAGCACAUCAACGUGAAGGAGGGCCGGAUCUGCGUGGCCGGCCUGAG